CAAGUACUAUACCGAUAGUAUCAAAUUUCAAUGUUUCGUUGCCGUUUGGGAGAGUGCCAUUUGUGCUCUCGCUUUCUUUUUUUUUAAUUUUUCCGUAAAGUACAUUUUGAAGUUGGAGUAUUGAGACGUGAGUAAUCGAUUUUUAAUAAAGGAGUGGUCAAAAAGUAGAUAACUAGCCAAAAUUUGUUAUAGCUUCUCAAAGGAAGAGUUAAGUGAUAUACAUAUCCAAAAUGGCAUCUCCCGCACUUAAAGACCUUCCUAAAGUAGCUGAAAACUUGAAAAGUCAACUUGAGGGCUUUAACACUGAACAACUAAAGAACGCUAGCACACAUGAAAAAAUUGUACUCCCCACUGCGGAAGAUGUGGCUGCCGAGAAGACCCAGCAGUCUUUAAUUUCUGGAAUAGCUGCUUUUAAUCCAUCAAACUUGAAGCAUACUGAAACUAAUGAAAAAAAUCCUUUACCCGAUAAGGAAGUUGGCAACAUGGUUUUAUUUAAACACCAAAAUACAUCAAAGUAAACAUAGAAACUAGUUCUUGCAAAUCUAGUAAAUAAAAGAACUUAAUUCAGCUU